GUCCCAUUCAUACAAAUCUCUCACCUUUCCAUCUCAGGUUUGUAGAUCCUGAAUCGUCGAUGAGUAGAAAAAGAAUCCCCCUUUCUUGAUUCCACCCAAUAAACCCAGAUGUUACUUCCCAAAUCUGUCGACGUCUUCUCUUAAUUUCAUCUGCAUCCAUGGAUUCCCCACUCUUGAUUUUCUUUUUCUUAUACUUUUGGGUAUUUUCUCGAUGUGUUGAUUCCCAACAAGAUUUGCAGCGGUCAUCACCGCCACCGCCUCCGCCUCCGCCUCCUCCUCCCACCCCAUCCCCACCGCCUCCACCUUCACCUCCUCCUCCUCUUCCACCUCCACCGCCGAGAUCUCCUUCAAUCCCACCUCCACCUCCACCUCCAAGAAAGGCACCACACCCUCCAGGAUCAAGAAACACCAUGGGAUCAAAACAACAACAUAGAAAAUACCACCAUCCUCCGAAGAAUCUCAAACUGGGAAAGAAACUUGGAUUUGUAUUCGCGGGUUUAGCCGUGAUCUUACAGAUUUGUGUGGUGACCUUUUUGGUAAUCAAGAGGAGGCAUUUGAUGAAGACCCAUGAAGACAGAUACUUUAACAGAACAGUGAUCUCUUGAAUUUUUUUUUUUCCUUUUUAAUUUAUUGAAAUUACAGAUUUGGAGGAUGAGAUGAUUGAUUCUGGAGCUUCUUUGUAAAUGGGUAAUUCUUGUAUGUCAUUCUUUUCCACAAAUUUAUUUGAUUGAUAUUGAUUUAGGUAUUAUUCACAGUUUUUCUA